GUGCAAAGUGGUAGUCCUUUGCUUUCAACAGCCUUGCAAAAUGGUACAUAAUACAGGCAUGGUAUUGCUAACGACAUGUUAUGUAUUUGCGUCUAUUUGCGGGCUCGUGAAUGCAAAGUUACUCUAGUUUAUUGUACAAUGGUUGUGGUGAAGGUUUUGACUCCGUCCCUUGUCCUGCGCCGAAUGAGUCAAAAUUUAAGCAUAAAAAAAGUUGCUGUCGCUGUUGCGCGCACGCAUAAGUUUUCUAUUGCAUCAUAAUCAAAAUGUCUCAUCACACAGCUAUGACCAUGGCAGCACUUUGCGCCGUCGGCGGAAUCGCCGGCUUUGCUAAGACCCGUUCAACUCCAUCGCUCGUUGCUGGCCUUGGUGUAGCUUCUCUUUAUGGUGGCGCCGCCUACCUUUUGAAGGAGAACAAAGAUUAUGGUGCUGAAACAGCUGCUGUCGCUUCCCUUGUCCUUGCUGGAGCAAUGGGUCCUCGUGCUGUCAAAACCGGCUUCCGCAAGCCCGUACCCGUAGCGCUUACUAUUGUUUCUCUGGCUGCCGGCGCGUAUUACGUCAACAAGGUUCUAGAAUAUAGAAAUGGCGUUUGAGUCCUUUGUAGAAUAUAAAAAGUGAAAUUGUGUGGAAUGGUACAGUAUUCUAUCGGUUGCUGACUGGCCGAACGGUUACCAAAAAUUGAAACAAUAAAAAAGUCAUUUUGCAAUCUUGUUUGGAAAAUAAGCGACGUCAAUGAUAUCACUCAUGGUCUAAAAUGAGGCAUCU